CACUGCAAUGAGGGGAGGGUGGAGGACACCGGCUCCAAGACAAACGGCAGGCAGGCAGAGCACCAUCACAGGGGCAACAAAGGGACGCGUGGUUCCUCUCAGGCAUCAAAUGAAUACAUGAUCCAUUGAGACAAAUUCUGCCUACAGCAAAACGAUUUUUUCCCUUCUGCCAUAACCUCAAAGCACUGUACAGUCAUGGAGCUGGAGCACUUCGAUGAGCGGGACAAGGCUCAGAGAAAUACCCGCAGGGGCUCAAGAGGGAAUGGGCUCGCCAGUCCCACUCAUAGCGCUCACUGCAGCCUGUACAGAACCAGGACACUGCAAGCCCUGACCUCAGAAAAGAAGGCCAAGAAGAUCCGUUUCUACCGCAAUGGGGACCGCUACUUCAAAGGGAUUGUGUAUGCCAUUUCUCAGGACAGAUUUAGGUCUAUAGAAGCACUGCUGGCUGACCUCACAAGAGCUCUGUCAGAUAAUGUGAACUUGCCACAAGGGGUUCGAACCAUAUAUACUAUUGAUGGGAUGGGAAAGAUUACCAGCAUGGACCAGCUGGCGGAGGGGGAGAGCUAUGUUUGUGCAUCCAUAGAGCCCUACAAGAUGCUGGACUACACAAAGAAUGUAAAUCCCAACUGGUCACAUGGUGCCAGGACGGCUGUGUCCCUCCGUGAUCCUCCUUCUCUUGGUAGUGCGAAGGCUGGAGCCCCAGAAACCAGGGAGAGCAAGGACUUCAUCAAGCCCAAACUGGUAACCAUCGUCCGCAGCGGAGUAAAGCCUCGCAAGGCUGUACGCAUCCUGCUCAACAAGAAGACGGCACACUCCUUUGAGCAAGUGAUGACUGACAUCACAGAUGCCAUCCAGCUGGACUCUGGAUCCGUCAAAAGGAUAUAUACUGUUGACGGCAAAAUG